AUGUACGGUGAUGGCUGGUGGCAGGGACGGAAUCUCGAAGGAAAGGUCGGCCUCUUCCCAAAAAGCUACACCGCCCCAGCCGCCCCAUCUACCGAGGUCCCAGCGCCUCAAUCCGCCCCAUCCGCUGCCGCUGAGUCUUCAUCCGCACCCACCGGAGAACCAGAAAUCACCACCACCAUCGCCUCUCCACAACCCAAACAACCCACAGCAACCUUCCUAAGUGGGCCUCACGACGAUGAAGGCGAUAUGGAAGGCCCAGAUAGCGGCGAUCUGCAGGGCAACGGUGGAGACGAAGUUAUGAAAGCCACAAUGACAGAUGUGCAGAGGGCUAUUGAGCAGCUUGGGAGAGGGGGCGCGGAUGGGGAGGGGAGUUUCACUUUUGCAAGCUCGCAUGGCGGGGACACGGAGACGGAUGAUACGGACUUUGAGAUGAGCGAUACGGAACGUGCGAAUGAUGUGAAUGGCGCGCAGGAUUGGCAUAAAGGUGCAAGGACGAAAUUGGCUGAGAGGGCAAGGAGGGCGGUGGAGAAUGCUGAGAAGUUGGAAGCGAUGACGACUGGCAUUGGGUCGUCUAGCGGUACUGGAAGGGUGGUCAGUGCCCCUCCGAUUCAGGCCGAGUUGAGCGACGAGAGUGACGACGAAGAGGACCCUUCGGAUCGGAUGGAUUUUACAUCCCGGUCAAGCAAGUUCCAGAGGGACAAUCCUUACAUCCUGGAAGAGGACGAGGAACUCGAAAAUGGCGAGGCUAGCAAGGGUGGCCAUGUACAGGAUGUGUCAAUGGACACGGCUACGACGAUCACUCAUUUAUCGUCUGAUCAUGGGGACUCUCUGCAAGAGGAGGCGCAAACCGCUACAAAGGCGUCAUUCCCCGUCUUCGAGUCGCCUCCUCCAUCAAAUUUGCCGCCUCCAGAGACAAAUCUUUUGGACGAAAAGAUCCCUUCUCCUGCCAGGUUAUCACUCCCCUCGCCCAUCUCACCCAACUCGGCUGUUAAUGAACACUUCGCAAUUACACCGAUCCCGCUCUCUGCACCGGACAAGUGGAAACCUAGUAGCAUUCCGACUACUCUGGAGGUAGGGAAGAAGGACCCUAGCGAGUGGACAGUCGAAGAAGUCGUGGAGUGGUUGAAAAGCAAAGGAUUUGACCAAGCUAUCUGUGAUAAAUUCAUCGAACAAGAAAUAACAGGCGACGUCCUCCUCGAACUAGACGUCAACCUACUCAAGACCGAAAUCGGGGUAAUGGCAUUCGGGAAACGCAUGCGCAUCGCAAACGCUAUAACGGACCUACGCCGCCCGCCAUCUAUAGUCUACUCUGACCAUCCCCCAACGACGGAGAUGCCCUCCCCCUCGUCGCCGAUGUACAACACCACCAACACCACAUCCACGCCACCCCGCGUCCAUUCUAGAACGCAAAGCCAAAGUCAUUCUCAUCAUUCUUUCCUGGGACAUAAUUACAGUCAGAGUGUACAGAGCUCGCUUGGGAGUCCGAUUGGUUAUGUUGCUGGGACUGGGAUGCCAACACAGUUUAGCUUUGGUGGGCCGGGGCGCUUUGAGCCUGUUGCGGAGGGCGGGUCGUCCUCUGGUGAUAUAUAUUCGCAGAAUGGGAAUGCGAAUGCGCAAGGGCUGGAGAUUCCGCCUGUUGUCGGUGAGGGUGGUCCACCGGGAUUGGGAAUGUUGACUUUUGAAGAGGCUCUGGGCAAGGGAACGGCUGAUUGUGAUGUGUGGUUUUUGAAUUUGAAGAAGGCCCGUCCGUCACAGUUGACACUUUCGCCUAGUGAUGGUGCGUUGAAGGAGAAAAUCAUUUUGCAGCCUGAGCAACAUGAAUAUGAAGAUCGUGGGCAUCUGAGUGAGGGAGAAGUUGUUCCUUCGCAAAGCAUGCGACGGCGCCUAUUUGGUCGCUCGCACGACUCGACUACAUCAGGUGGUCAUUCAUCAUCCAAGCACUCCAAUGGUACCUCCUCACCAGGAGCGCAUACUCAUAGCCACGAGGAUAAAGACACUACUUCCUUAACGAAUGGGUCAAUAAAGCAUGCCCGUGUGCGAAAGAGCAUAGAUGGGGGUAAGCCCAGCGACAACAGGUUGAGCUUGUUCGCCGUGCCAUUCGGUGGGAAGAGUAGGAAGCCACCCCCUAGCGCUGGCGAGCACGAGUAUCACGCUGAAAGGUCAUCGAUGUUCGGUCUUCCCAAGGGGAUGCGGAAAUCGUCCUCUACACAUUCUCAACGACCGUCUACGCCUACUGGGUCGCCAAAGGAGAAAUUGAAGGAACCACAGUCUCCUUUCAAGGAUCACUACCACCACGAGAAAGGACAAAAGGAGGAGGUUGCUGCUGAGGUUGAGCGAUCGACUUUGAGGAAACGUGUUAUUUCUUCUGUUCAGCAGAGUAAUGGGGGGUCUUCGUCGGUGGAUGGGAAGAGUUUACUUGGGGUUGGGGGUGGUGUUACGCAGGGGCAGAGUAUUCUUGGGCAGAUAGGCGAGCCUGACCAUGUUGGGUGGAUGCGCAAGAAGAGCGAUCGGUAUAAUUCGUGGAAACCGCGGUAUUUUGUGUUGAAGGGUCGGUAUUUGUAUUGGUUGAAGAAUUCUAGCGCUUCGGAAACGAGGUUGAAGGGAUACCUUGACAUUAUGGGGUAUAAAGUGACCGUGGACGAGACUUUGGAUCCUGGUCGAUAUGGAUUCAGAAUUGACCAUGAUACAGACAAACCGCAUUUCUUCAGUUCUGAUGAAAAGUCUGUCAUUCAACCAGUCAUUUCAUCAUGCAACAUCCCAACCAUUCCUCUGGUCGUCGCACAAGCCAUGAACCCCGCUCCACGCCCGCCAUCACCAACUGCUCGCGAUGCUACUCAAAGAGCACUCCGACGUGAAAAUCCCAACCAGCUGUCAAGUCGUGAUGCUCGUGUACUCAUGGGGCUUUCUUCUGACAUGGGUAGCGGCCAAACUCACUUGGAUUCUUUCUUUGCUGAACAUUCAGUCUUAGAAAACGAACAAGCUAUUCCAACGUCACCAAAGUCUGCUCCCCCGAGACCGUCGAGGGAGAUGCGUAGAGCCAAUUCUGUACGCUCGGCGCUCAGUCCGGCUGAUAAUGCCUUGGUGGAAUGGGCCAACUCCCAUCUCUCUGCUUCUCUCCAACUCGAGGACCCCACCGUUUCCUUCUUUGGCGGUCUUGCCCUUCUGCGUCUUGCAGAAUCUAUCAAAGGCAGACCGUCUUCGCCCCCUGUUCCUGAUUCUGCUUUCCCAGUGGGUCCCACGGACGAUAAGCUCGAUGGCCUCUUUCGUUUAUUCGACUUUUUGCUUGAUAAUGAUGUGAAGAUGGGGAGCGUGAGCAUCAAUGAUAUCCGACAAGGAAAGAGGGACAAGAUCCUGCAGCUCUUGAAGGCGCUCAAGUCGUGGGACGAUAAGAGGCGGGCUCUUGCGCAGACGAUGAAUGGGACGUUGAACCCUAGUGGUGGUGGGGCGUUCUUGAUGCCGACAGGCAUGCAGUGGGCUAACAUGCACACUCAGCGAUACUGACGAACUCACUCAACCUGUUUUCUUUUUUCUUUUUUGGUUCACUUGAAUCUUUACACCCUCCUUUUGUGUCUUUUUCCCCUCUAUCUACAUAUUCAAUUAUCUACUCUUCCCCCGCUU